AUGAAGAGCAAAGCAUCUCUCUUCUUGAAGCACGUACUCUCGGUCCUCAGCUCGAUUGCCAAGUCCAAGUCCGUGGCCAUUAAAAACAAGACCAAUGCCGCCCGGGGCCGUCUCCUCUUGUUCACGUUGAUGAGCAAGAAGGCCGUGCUCGGCUCCCUGUCGAAUAAGAUCCACAACCUCCUCGGUCAUGGUGACGACAGUGACAGUGACGGCGAGGAUAAGAAGGAUGAGAGCAGGGCCAUUGUUCUCUACAGUGCUAGGUCAGACGGGCCAUGCUCGAGUUCGACUCACAUUGUGCAGAGAGUCAAUGAAGAUGAUGAUGAUAAGUAUCCUGACCUGAGGCACUCGCUGUGCGAUGAGGGAGAGUCCGACUAUGAAGAUGACCCGGGCAAGUCUGUGAUUGAUGUGGUGAAGGACCUUAAGGAGGGAGGUGAGGACUUCAUCCUUGAGGACGAGAUCGACCACGUGGCAGACCUCUUCAUCAAGAGGUUCCACAAGCAGAUCCAGCUGCAGAAGCUUGAGUCGUUCAAGAGGUUCCAAGCUAUGCUUGAGAGAAGCCUCUGA